AUGGAUGACAUUAAUGAAGAAUCUACAAUUGAAGAAGAUAGUGAUGAAAAUGCUAUUGAAGAAAAUGCUAUCGGCGAAAAUGCUAUUAAAGAAAAUGCUAUUGGAGAAAAUGCUAAUGAAGAAAAUGCGAAUUUAAAAUUGAAUGAAAGUUUCAAGUCACAUGAAGAAUUACAAAAAAGAAUAAAGGAAUAUCAAAAUUAUUCAAAUUGUAUUUUUUACACAAGAGAUUCUUCGACCAUCGAACGGUGUCGAAAAAACGGUCUAAAAAGACCUAUUGAUAAAAAUUUGAAGUAUUAUUUUUUAAAAUAUAAUUGCAUUCAUGGCGGAAGAAAUUUUAAACCAGCAGGAAGAGGAGAGAGAUCGUCAAGUACCUUCCAAAAGGAAUGCCCAGCUACAUUUCACGUUAAUGUGAGUGAUGAUGGAAAACGGUUGUUCAUAUCGAGAAUCGACUUACAUCAUAAUCAUCUUACGACGAAACAAUUGUAUGAACACUUGCCUCAAACUCGACGGAUGACUCCAGAAGUUAAAGAAAAGGUUAAGGAACUGAUAAACUUAAAAGCCAAUAAAACGGCAAUUAAAGAUCUAAUUAUAAAACAAACUGGAAAAGUUGAUAAUAUUUUCAAAGGUCUUUUUUUUGCUACACCGCAAAUGAAAUCAGCCAUGGAAUUUUAUCCCGAGUACGUUGGAAUCGACGCAACAUAUAAAUUAUUAAAUAUUAGGGCACCUGUUUAUUUAUAUAUAGUCGAAAAUCCUAAUGGCUGUACCGAAAUUGCGGGGGUAUCGAUUUUAGUUAAUGAAGACAAACCGAGCAUUACAUGGAUGAUGAAUUGUUUUAAAGCAUGUCAUCCUUCAUGGAAAAAAAUUAAGUGCAUUAUGACAGAUAAAGAUCUGACGGAAAGAGCCGCGAUUCGUGACAGUUUGUUACCUUUGGAAGUGAAUCUGAUUAUGUGUGCAUUUCAUACACUCAGAACUUUUAAUAGAGAAAUCACUAUAGAAAAAAGAAACAUAACAGCAAAAGAAAGGGAUGAAGCUAAAAGAAUUCUUCAGGAGUUGGUGUAUGCAAAGACCGAAGAACGUUAUUUUCAAUUGUAUGAAGAACUAAAAAAAAUGCCGCAGUCAAUCGUGGAAUACUUCGAUAAAAACUGGCAUGAAUGUCGAAAAGAGUGGUCUCUAUCUAGUGAUUACGUGCAACACAACUUUGGGAACGGUACUAAUAAUCGAUUGGAAUCAUUAAAUGCGAAAAUAAAAAUAGAUGUAGAUAAAUAUCUGUCAUUGGAAGAUUUCGUGAGACAAUUAUUAAUUUGUACGGAAUGCUCUCAAUUAGAGAAAAAUCACAAAGCAGCCAAGUCGUACCAAAAACAAAAAGUUCUCAGUUUUUCUAAAGAUUCUCCAGAAUGUCGUUAUUCUCAAUACGUCACAAAUUAUGCAUUUAAUUUCAUCAAAAAAGAACUAGAGAAAAUGCAUAAUUUGGAAUUAAUUUACAAUGAAAAUUUAAAUGUUUAUCAACAAAAUUUAACGCCUACUGGCAUAAUAUCUACGACAUCUUCAUCAUGUGACUGUUUAGAGCGCACGUCAAUGAUUUUACCAUGCAGACACAUAUUUAUGGUGAGAAAAAUUGAGAAUAAAAAUUUAUUUGAAGAAAGCCUUUGUGACAAAAGAUGGACCAGUGAUUAUUACUACAAUACUCAGAGAGUAUUUUCAACUGUACAAGAAGAAAUUUCAAUUCCAGAGCCUGUUAUUACUUCGACACAAUACAAACAAAAAGUUUUAUCAGAAAAUGAAAAAUAUAAAAAAUCAUUAGAAGUUGUUAAAAAAUUACCUGCUUUAGCGGCUGAAGUAGGGACUAAAUUAUUUUUAAAAAGAUUUGAAGUAUUGGUUAAUUUAGUAGAAGCUUGGCAAAAUAAUCAAGAGGUAGUAAUUAUAAAAGAAUCAAAUAAAAAUAAACAAACAAUUCAUCUGGACUCCUCAGAACCGAAUUCACCUGAUGUUACUGAAUCUGAUUCUGACAAUCAAAUGGAGGAUGAUAGAGAUUUAAAAGAUUCUUCAAUUGAUGAAAAUCUUAAUAAUUCUAUAAAUUCAGAUAGGAAUGAAGACAGUGAUUUACAAGAAACUUUCAAUGAUGAAAAUCCUCAUUCUCCAAACAUUAUUGUUCAUGAGAAUCCGCGAGAAGAAAAAAAUGAUCUUAUAAAUUCAGAUAGCAAUGACGAUGGUCAUUUACAAGACACUUUUAAUGACAAAGAUCCUGAUUCUCCAAAUAUUAUCAUUCAUGACACCCCACGAACAGAACAAAUUUCUUUCACAAGUUCCGAUAGCAGUGACGAUAAUGAUGCUCGACAAAUAAAAAAACGCCGAACGAGAAAUGCGCUGUCGGACAGCUCUGAUGACAACAAUGAUAGAGCCAUAUUAAGUCAAAGCACUGGAUUAAAAGAAAAUGAAAAAUACAUGCCGAAUGUAUCAACACCCAUAGAGCCAACGAAAAAAUUAAGUAUAUUGUCUAAUGUUAUUGUGCAACCGGCUCUGAAAAGAAGAGGACGACCCCGAGGUACAGAUCAAACAGUGAUCGGACUUAAAAAAAUUAUAAAAGAUAAAAAAUCACUCAAAACGCCAUUUAUCAAUAAAUCAACUGAAGAUAAGCGCAAAAUUAUAUUGCAAUGGUUAGUAAAAGAAGAGGUUAUCACAGAAAUAUUUAAUAAUAAAAAAAAAAUAUGUAUGAAAAUGAUUUAACGAAAAAUUAUAAAGA